AUGAAACUGCUUGGAGUGAGCCUGGCUGCCGGCUUGUUCUUACUGGCCCUGAGUCUUUGGGGGCAGCCUGCAGAGGCUGCGGCUUGCUAUGGGUGUUCUCCAGGAUCAAAGUGUGAAUGCAGUGGUAUAAAAGGGGAAAAGGGAGAGAGAGGGUUUCCAGGUUUGGAAGGCCAUCCAGGUUUGCCUGGAUUUCCAGGUCCAGAAGGGCCUCCAGGGCCUCAGGGACAAAAGGGUGAUGAUGGAAUUCCAGGGCCACCAGGACCAAAAGGAAUCAGAGGUCCUCCUGGACUUCCUGGAUUUCCAGGGACACCAGGUCUUCCUGGAAUGCCAGGCCAUGAUGGGGCCCCAGGACCUCAAGGUAUCCCUGGAUGCAAUGGAACCAAGGGAGAACGUGGAUUUCCAGGCAGUCCCGGCUUUCCUGGUUUACAGGGUCCUCCAGGACCUCCUGGGAUCCCAGGUAUGAAGGGGGAACCAGGUAGUAUAAUUAUGUCACCACUGCCAGGACCAAAGGGUAAUCCGGGAUAUCCAGGUCCUCCUGGAAUACAAGGCCCACCUGGUCCCGCUGGUAUACCAGGGCCAAUUGGUCCCCCAGGACCACCAGGUUUGAUGGGCCCUCCUGGUCCACCAGGACGUCCAGGACCAAAGGGGAAUAUGGGCUUAAAUUUCCAGGGACCCAAGGGUGAGAAGGGUGAGCAAGGUCUUCAGGGUCCACCUGGGCCACCUGGGCAGAUCAGUGAACAGAAAAGACCAAUUGAUGUAGAGUUUCAGAAAGGAGAUCAGGGACUUCCUGGUGACCGAGGACCUCCUGGACCUCCAGGAAUACGUGGUCCUCCAGGUCCUCCAGGUGGUGUGAAAGGUGAGAAGGGUGAGCAAGGAGAGCCAGGCAAGAGAGGUAAACCAGGAAAAGAUGGAGAGAAUGGCCAACCAGGAAUUCCAGGUUUGCCUGGUGAUCCUGGUUACCCUGGUGAACCUGGAAGGGAUGGUGAAAAGGGCCAAAAAGGUGACAUUGGCCCACCGGGGCCUCCUGGACUUGUAAUUCCUAGACCUGGGACUGGUGUAACUGUAGGAGAAAAAGGAAACAUGGGGUUACCUGGCUUGCCUGGAGAAAAAGGAGAGCGAGGAUUUCCUGGAAUACAGGGUCCACCUGGCCUUCCUGGACCUCCAGGGACUGCAGUUAUGGGUCCUCCUGGGCCCGCUGGAUUUCCUGGAGAAAGGGGUCAGAAGGGUGAUGAAGGUCCACCCGGAAUUUCCAUUCCUGGAUCUCCUGGACUUGAUGGACAGCCCGGGGCUCCUGGCCUUCCAGGGCCUCCUGGCCCUCCUGGCCCUCACAUCCCUCGUGGUGAUGAGAUAUGUGAAGCAGGCCCUCCAGGCCCUCCGGGAUCUCCAGGUGAUAAAGGACUCCAAGGAGAACAAGGAGUGAAAGGUCCUAAAGGCGAUCCAGGUCAGACCAUAACCCAGCCAGGGAAGCCUGGCUUGCCUGGUAACCCAGGCAGAGAUGGUGAAGUAGGUCUUCCAGGUGACCCUGGACUCCCAGGCCAACCAGGCUUGCCAGGAAUACCUGGUAGCAAAGGAGAACCAGGUAUACCUGGAAUUGGGCUUCCUGGACCACCUGGCCCCAAAGGUUUUCCUGGAAUUCCAGGACCUCCAGGAGCACCUGGGACACCUGGAAGAAUUGGUCUAGAAGGUCCUCCUGGGCCACCAGGCUUUCCAGGACUGAAGGGAGAGCCAGGAUUUGGAUUACCUGGGCCACCUGGGCCACCAGGACUUCCAGGUUUCAAAGGAGCACUUGGUCCAAAAGGUGAUCGUGGUUUCCCAGGACCUCCAGGUCCUCCAGGACGCACCGGCUUGGAUGGGCUACCUGGACCAAAAGGUGAUGUUGGACCAAAUGGACAGCCUGGACCAGUGGGACCUCCUGGGCUGCCAGGAAUAGGUGUUCAGGGACCACCAGGACCACCAGGGCUUCCUGGACCAAUAGGCCAACCUGGUUUACAUGGAAUACCAGGAGAGAAAGGGAAUCCAGGACCUCCUGGGUUUGAUGUUCCGGGACCCCCUGGUGAGAGAGGUAGUCCAGGGAUCCCUGGAGCACCUGGUCCUAUAGGACCUCCAGGAUCACCAGGGCUCCCAGGAAAAGCUGGUGCCUCUGGAUUUCCAGGUGCCAAAGGUGAAAUGGGUAUGAUGGGACCUCCAGGCCCACAAGGACCUUUGGGAAUUCCUGGCAGGAGUGGUGUUCCUGGUCUUAAAGGUGAUGAUGGCUUGCAGGGUCAGCCAGGACUUCCUGGCCCUGCAGGAGAAAAAGGUAGUAAAGGAGAGCCUGGCCUUCCUGGCCCUCCUGGACCAAUGGAUCCAAAUUUGCUUGGCUCAAAAGGAGAGAAGGGGGAGCCUGGCUUACCAGGUAUUCCUGGAGUUUCAGGGCCGAAAGGUCACCAGGGUUUGCCUGGAGACCCAGGGCAACCUGGACUGAGUGGACAACCUGGCUUACCAGGCCCAGCAGGUCCCAAGGGUAACCCUGGUCUCCCUGGACAGCCAGGACUUAUAGGACCUCCUGGACUUAAAGGAAACAUAGGUGAUAUGGGUUUUCCAGGCCCUCAGGGUGUGGAAGGAUCCCCUGGACCUCCUGGAGUUCCUGGACAACCUGGCUCCCCAGGAUUACCUGGACAGAAAGGAGACAAAGGUGAUCCCGGAGUUUCAGGCAUUGGUUUUCCAGGUCUUCCUGGCCCAAAGGGUGAACCUGGUCUGCCUGGAUACCCAGGAGACCCUGGUAUCAAAGGUUCUGUUGGAGAUACUGGUCUGCCUGGAUUGCCAGGGACCCCUGGAGCAAAAGGACAACCAGGCCUUCCUGGAUUCCCAGGAAUCCCAGGCCCUCCUGGACCAAAAGGCAUUAAUGGCCCUCCUGGGAACCCUGGCCUUCCGGGAGAACCGGGUCCUGUAGGUGGUGGAGGUCGUCCUGGGCCACCGGGGCCUCCAGGUGAAAAAGGCAAACCAGGUCAAGAUGGUAUUCCUGGACCCGCUGGACAGAAGGGUGAACCAGGUCAACCAGGCUUUGGAAUCCCAGGACCCCCUGGACUACCAGGACUUUCUGGCCAAAAGGGCGAUGGAGGAUUACCUGGCAUUCCAGGAAACCCUGGCCUUCCAGGUCCAAAGGGUGAAUCAGGUUUUCCUGGUUUCCCGGGUGUGCAGGGUCCCCCAGGCCCUCCUGGUUCUCCGGGUCCAGCUCUGGAAGGACCUAAAGGCAACCCUGGGCCCCAAGGUCCUCCUGGGAGACCAGGUCCUACAGGUUUUCAAGGUUCACCAGGCCCAGAAGGUCCUCGGGGUCUCCCUGGAAAUGGAGGUAUUAAAGGAGAGAGGGGAAACCCAGGCCAACCUGGGCAACCUGGCUUGCCUGGUUUGAAAGGAGAUCAAGGACCACCAGGACUCCCGGGUAAUCCUGGCCGGCCAGGUCUUAAUGGAAUGAAAGGAGAUCCUGGUCUCCCUGGUGUUCCAGGAUUCCCAGGCAUGAAAGGACCCAGUGGUGUACCUGGUUCACCUGGCCCUGAGGGGGAACCAGGACUUAUUGGUCCACCAGGUCCUCCUGGAUUACCUGGUCCUUCAGGACAGAGUAUUAUAAUCAAAGGAGAUGCUGGUCCUCCAGGGAUCCCUGGCCAGCCUGGAUUAAAAGGUCCACCAGGACUCCCAGGACCUCAAGGCUUACCAGGUCCAAUUGGCCCUCCAGGAGAUCCUGGACGCAAUGGACUCCCUGGCUUUGAUGGUGCAGUAGGACGCAAAGGAGACCCAGGCCUGCCAGGCCAGCCAGGUACCCGUGGUUUGGAUGGUCCUCCCGGGCCAGAUGGAUUACAAGGUCCCCCAGGUCCCCCUGGAACGUCCUUUAUUGCCCAUGGAUUUCUUAUCACACGCCACAGCCAGACAACAGAUGCACCACAAUGCCCGCAGGGAACAGUCCAGAUCUAUGAAGGCUUUUCUCUCCUGUAUGUACAAGGAAAUAAAAGAGCCCAUGGUCAAGACUUGGGAACGGCUGGCAGCUGCCUUCGUCGCUUUAGUACCAUGCCUUUCAUGUUCUGCAACAUCAAUAAUGUUUGCAACUUUGCUUCAAGAAAUGACUAUUCUUAUUGGCUGUCCACCCCAGAGCCAAUGCCAAUGAACAUGGAACCCCUAAAGGGCCAGAGCAUCCAGCCAUUCAUUAGUCGAUGUGCAGUGUGUGAAGCGCCAGCCGUGGUGAUUGCAGUUCACAGUCAGACCAUCCAGAUUCCCCGUUGUCCUCAGGGAUGGGAUUCUCUGUGGAUUGGUUAUUCCUUCAUGAUGCAUACAAGUGCAGGGGCAGAGGGCUCAGGUCAAGCCCUGGCCUCCCCUGGUUCCUGCUUGGAAGAGUUUCGCUCAGCUCCCUUCAUCGAAUGUCAUGGGCGGGGUACCUGUAACUACUAUGCUAACUCCUACAGCUUUUGGCUGGCAACUGUAGAUGUGUCAGACAUGUUCAGUAAACCUCAGUCAGAAACGCUGAAAGCAGGAGACUUGAGGACACGUAUUAGCCGAUGUCAAGUGUGCAUGAAGAGGACAUAACAUUUUGGAGAAUUCCUUGUGUGUUUUUAAAUGUGAUAUAUAUAUAAAAUUCCCAGGAUGCAAUGUCUCAUUCUCCCUAACUUUACCACUGCUGUCACCAAUGGUGCUACUAUAUAUGACCAAGAGAACAUGCUGACUAGUAACCAUGAAGAUUCAGAUGUACCUCAGGAUUGUGCCAGAGCAAGGUCUCUGUUAUUUUCUGUGAAAGAAAUAAGGAAAUGAAUUUACUUUUUGGGUCCAGAAUGACUUUCUCCAAGAAUUAUAAGAUGAAGAUUAUAUAUUUUGCCCAGUUACUUAAACAGCACAUUAAAAAUUCAAUUAAGAGAAGAAUCAUACUGAGUAAAAUAAAAGACUGAAGUUUGGGGGAAGAAUUAUUUUUCAUGGUGCUACUAAUCCUACUGUAUCCCAGGUUUUUAAUAUAAAAGUGUUAGGCUUAUUUUGCUCUGUAAGUAAAGAAUGUGUAUAUUGUGUAAACAGCCUUUUAUCUCAAAAUGUUGAGUCAUUUAGAUGUGACCUGGCAUGAAUCACUCUUUACAGAAAAUGU